AUGAACCUCUUCCAAAGCAAAACGUGGAAGAAUCUAAAGGCUACUCCGACAAUACGGACUGAGAGAGUCCCCAUCGCGAAGAAGCCUGCACCCCUCCCCUCGAAAGCUGCAUCUACCAAAGCAACACAAGACCAGCGAUCAACAGCUUCUUCCUCACGAGCGGCGUCCGCCACAGCAAGAUCAAGGCCUGCAACACCAUCUUCAGACGACCACGGUUCUUCGCAGCCCCGGCCGAACAAGCGCAAGGCUUCCCGCCAGAGAUCGCCAGCCCAACCACACUUUGACGACGACAACGACGACGAGGACGAGGACGUGUCAGCGCAGGGGCCAGCGGCGACUUUAUACAAGCGGCAAAAGACUGGCAGAAAAGUUGAUUCGAAGCGAAGAAUCCGAUCCGAUGAAGCCUUUUCAGAAGCUGAUGCUGGGGUCUUUGAGAUGAUCCAUGCAGCCGAUAUUGCUUCUGUGAACAAGAAGUCGAAGCUUGCCGUUUCGGGAACUACCGAAAAGGUCACGGUCGAGUUGCAGUAUCCAAGUAACUCCCAACGGGAAAGGUACGAUCUGGCAUGUGGGAACGAUACAAUAAAUUCUUUCGAAGAGAUCCUUGAGAUUGCGAAAAUCGUAGCCGAUGUCUAUCUCACAGAAGAACAAAAGCACGCCUUCUGUGAUCCAGAUUCAGGUCUUAUCCGGCAGUUGCAGAAGGCAAAUAAUUUCCUGUCGAGCAUUAAGUACACCAUGAACAAAGUAUUACUCGACGGUUUUAAAAAGGCAGUAGAAAAUUACAAUUCGGCUAUCGAGGGUCUCUUAGAGGAGGGAGCUCUUGCGACAAAUCUGGAUGCUAUGCAUCAUUUGCCUCUCCGGAUGGUCCAUUUUAUUCUGCAACAAGUAUAUGACCGCGCCGUCUCGCCGAAAGUUGAGCUUCUGAAGCACUACGAGAAUGGAUCAGACAACAUCUAUGGCGAGCUUAAACCCCGAUUCAUCUCCGAGGCGCUGGCUGAGGCGGGACUCAAAUCAGAUCAGAUUUUCGUCGAUUUGGGAUCAGGCGUGGGUAAUGUUGUCUUACAAGCCGCACUGGAGUUCGGAUGCGAAAGCUGGGGCUGUGAGAUGAUGGAAAACGCAUCCAAGCUUGCCGAUGCACAAGAGAAAGAAUUUGCUGCUCGGUGUCGACUUUGGGGCAUCGAACGUGGUCCGGUUCGGCUCGAAAGAGGGAAUUUUUUGCAAAAUGCAGCCAUCAUUGAAGCCAUCACGAAGGCCGACGUUAUUCUUGUCAACAACGAGGUCUUCAGUCAAGAGCUGAAUCAAAACCUCAUCCAACUCUUCCUGGACUUGAAAGACGGCUGCAAGAUUAUCUCAUUGAAGAAGUUUGGGGCUGGUGGGGAUGAAGUCUCUUUUCGACAUGCCAAUGACCCAGAGAAUGUGCUGGUUUACACUGAACUGCCAUACUACAGUGGUAGUGUCAGUUGGACUGGCGUUGGUGGUCGUUAUUACAUUGCUAAAAAGGAUGGCAAACGCCUCGAGGGUCUUUGA